UGGGUAACAGAGCCAUAUUGCUAUUUCUUGAUUACUAUCCAAUAUGGCUGAUAAAUUUGAGGACGGUACCACUGUCAGCUUGAAGGCCUUGGUGCACAAGGGAAGCAAUAAAGUUAUUUUUGUAGAGUGUGUUAGUGAUUUUCUUGAUGUCCUCUUCAGUUUCUUGACUUUCCCAAUGGGAACAAUCAUCAAGCUUGGCAGUAAGCAGUCAGUAGAAUCGGUGCCUGUGCAGAUAGGGUGCAUGAAUAACUUGUAUGCAAGUGUUGGGAAUAUUGAUGUUCAGCGAUUUAACAAUGAGGUGUGUAGACACAAGUUGUUAUCUCCUCGUAAUGCGGAUGAAUCUCGCUGCAAGGACGUCAAAUUGAAAAUUGACAAUGGUGAGUUCACAAAGUACUUUCUGUGCCCGGAUUGGAAUUGCUUAGGUGUCUCCGAAGAUGAAUAUCUAUUGAGUCAAUAUAAAGGUAAUCUAUUAAGUAUGUAUAAAGGCACUCGUUGUGAAAACUGUGGAAAAUGCAUGGAUAGAGAGUAUCACCUCUCCAGUCCAUCCCAUGCUGAUAAAUAUAAUGGCAUCUAUGUAAAGGGAUUAGCCAGACUCAUAGUUACUGAUGAUCUACAAGUGUUGUCUCCUUUAAGCGGUACAAGCUUUUCUUUCUUAAGCAAGCUUGGAGUCACGGAUGGAGACAUUACUGAAGAGACAUUUAAUAUAGGUGUUAGUGAGGUUUUGAAUUUGCUUAUCUGCUCAUUUGUGUCAAAGACACCGUUGACUGAAACUCUACUUAAGCAUAAAGCCGAACCAGAUUUUAUCACUGAAAUAUCUGAUCCAGGAACAUGUACUGAACCUCUAAUGGAAGGGAAGACUGUGAUUGAGGAAGAAGAAGAGAUUUAUGUGAAGCUUACUGUCAGCAAAUCAAGGAAGAUAGUUUGUUUUGCAGAAGCAGGGGAAAAGUUUGUUAAUUUACUCUUCAGUUUCCUUACUAUUCCACUAGGAUUCAUAUUAAAACAGAUGCAAAAUUCGUCUUGGAAAGGAUGUAUUGAUCAGUUGUACAAGAGUGUCCAAGAUCUUGGUGAUGAGCAAUGCUUGAACUCAAAUGACCUACUGAAUCCCAGAAUUUUUCCUGGUUUUUCCUACGAGAACCAUCUCUUGGGAAUUGAGGAGGGCUCUGAGGCCUCAUAUUACUAUGCUUAUUGUCGCCCUAACGGUGUGGAGGAUGUGUUGGUUACUGAUAAAACCCUCAUUCCUUCUCAGGUGAGGUACACAUUCCAUCUCAAAUUGAUGAAUGAUAAAAGUUCUGAAGGAUUUUUGAAAGGACCGACCAUGUUCACAAUAACCGACAAGCUUAUUGUAAGGCCUAUAUCUCCCAUCUUUGGCUUUUCGAUUUUGAAUGAAUUGAAGGUUCCUUUGGAUGACAUAAAGGAGGAAAUAGUGCGAGUUGGCAAGGAGGAGGUUUUGCGUGUACUAGUGGCAUCUAUUGCUGGUGAUUCUGCUUUAACCGAUGCUUUUAUAAGGCAGCCGAAAGAACAGUAAAGAAACUUUUGUAUUCUGAUUACACAAGGAUAAUGCUUAGAUUUUCUACAAACUGGAAUAUCUGAGAUAAAUGGCUUUGCAUUUUCUUAUGUUCUUCAGCUAUGGCCUCCAUUAAGCAAGAGUUUGGUUUACUUGUUGCCUAAGCUUAGUUCUUUUCUUAGCCUAAGCUUGCACCCUUUGGUAUUUCCUUGGACAACUGGAAAGCUUGUUCGCCCUACUGUAUCAAGAAUCUAAGAAAUCUUGUUUUUAUUGCUAGCACAAGUCGGUGUAUCUCUUUGCUACGUUUUGACAGUGUUUCAGGUACUUAGGUGUGUUGAGGUACUGAGAGUCUAGGUACUUCUUGCUUUU